AUGGCAGAACCAGAACCAAAGAGAAUACUCCAUAAUUCGCAAGGGUUACAACAGCACGCCUUAAAUUGCUCAGAUUCCGCAUGUAUCAUUCCGAUAUGCGUAAAUAAGAAACUUUUACAGCUAAAAAAUUCGCAGGGAUUUCAAACUGUUAAUGCCUGCAAAGUUUCUCAAACGUUGAAAACCCUAACUAUAGAACCUGCUGGAUCCUGUAUUGAACCCAAGUGCCUAAUACCUUUUCGCAUGGGUGCAAAUGACAACCCUUACAAAGGAGCCCAAACUGACUUGAAUGAUCACCUAGGGGAUGUAAUCAAAGACAAUUUUCCCCUAGAGUUUUCAUUCGAACAAAGAGAUAGUUCUGAGAUAUCAAGACCUCAAGGAGUGAGGAGUAAAGUGACUCAGAGACUGGCAAAAUCAACCCCAGCACCUCCUCCUUACUUAAAAAACGCGAAAGACGCGAUGAAAGUCAACCCAACCGUUCAACCAUUAAACGUAUUGAUUAACCAUUCAAGCUCGGUUCAAACGACCUGUUCGCCUGCACAUCUGGCUCCUCAGUCUUGUCUUUUACAACGUAAAGAUCAAUCCAGUGUAAACGCAGCCAAUGGUAUGACAGGCUUAACGCGUCGUGCUUUAAUGGAGCUUUUUCCAGUAUCCUCAGCAGGCACCUUAACAACACCGCCCACUGCCACUGGCUCUUCGCCGUACUCACAGGAUACAACAAUAAAUGCUUGGGCUAAAGCGUCAGCUCCGAACAACAGUGUUGGUAACGACGUCCCGUAUCCGUUUACUCUUGGGCAAGGCCAGAAUGCCGCGCUUCUGCAGACAAGCCAAAUCGACAAUGCAGUACAGCGCCAGAGAAUACAUUCAGAGACAAGUCCUCCUUUUCCUCAAGAACCUGGAACUUCCGGUAAUACACCGCAAAAGAGGAAUUUUAACGUAGAUAAUGGAGCUGACAAUGAUACUGGGCAAAACUUCGGUUCUAACAAGAGGGGCGCAGCUCUAGCACUAGGUGAAGAAGGAGAAUGCCAAGGUGAAAGAUAUUGGGCGGCAACCAUUACAAUAACAGUCGAGAUCCAAUUUAUCCAACCUCCCGGGGACAAAGGAAAUUGGUGUAAGUUACGGAGAAACCAGAUCAGUUCCGAAACUAUAUGGAGUUCGGAAAGACCGUGGGUUCAUGGAAGAGUAGAUAAUAACAAACUUAUUACCCGGCGAAGCCCUUCCUCAGAGCAUAAUAAGGUUUCUCGAGCAGGUAACAUUCAUCCUAAAGGUGUGUAUUCCCGUUUGCCAAAUUUGGAGUUUGAUAUCAGCAAUCAGAAGAUCGUCGCGAGUUACGUCAUAAUGGCAGGACAGGAAACCACAAACACAAAAGAUGCAGCUGCCGUACAAGGACGGUUUAAAAGUUCCCUAGAACUUCUAGAACACACUUUAAAUUGUUGGAACCCCGAGUGUCCACUUCCACAUUGUGUGAACAUGAAGUUGACGAUGAAACACACACAGGGCUGCAAAAAGACCCAGUGCCAGGUGUGCCAACGCAUGAAAAACCUCGCUAAAAAACACGCUGAAUCGUGCGAUGACGUUUACUGCUGCAUACCCUUUUGCAUGGAAGAAAAACUUAAAGAGUUCGUGGCGUCUCAGAUGGCGGACAGCAACACCUUGGACAAGAGCCAGCAUUGGAAAAGAAGAGUUGUUACCGAUGACGAAAGGAAUGACCUUGUCACACCAAACUCCUCUCCCUCCAAGAAUGUAAGGAAAAUGAGCGCACCUCAUCACAUCGACAGCUGUUCUUCGGUGAAUAGUAGCGACUUAAAAGGUGGAAAGACAGCUGUCAAUCGCACAGCAUCAGCAAAUGAAUUCUCGUCUCCAUUGAGGCUCAGGACUUACACCUAUCCAACUGAUCAACAGAAGAGGGGACAUCCUCUUGUUUCACCAACCAGCUCUGCGCCGUUUGUGAAAUCUUCACGUCUGGAGCAAAGUAGGAACCACCUUGGUGCAAACGAAACGGUUACUUUGACAACCACCCGGCUCGAUGCUUCCACAGGACCUCUUUCUGCUUCCGAAGAGGGUCCGAUAACGACGAAGAUUCAGAAAACGUUCACUCCUUUACUUGCGGAAAAAGUAGAUGUGCAAGAAUAUACAGGGAAGCAACAGCAAGGUAUGUCCUCUCUUCUUCCAGACAGGAGUUUUCAGAGCUGUCAAGCCACGCAAGCUGCCAAUGCAGAAAUUCGUGGGGGAACAGUUCAGCUCAAUACCUACCCCUUCUCUACUAAUGUGGACGUUUCCAACUGUAGUGCACCGAUGACACAGAGCGUCGGCGACAACCCUUAUGGCGCGAUGAGAGGAAAUCAAGGGAGCAACGGUAAUGCUGUUUUGAAAGCACGCCUUAUGGACGCAUUGAAUAAGCUUUUAGGUCUGGGCCUGCAACGAUUGGAAACGAAAGAGGAGCUUGUGAUAUGCAUUAAGUCGUUGAGGAAAGCUGUCGAGGAGAUCAAAGCUCUGGAGUAGCCCUUGACAUGUUAUACCAUUCUGAACGCCAUUACUUGUUUACAACUGUUAUCAUAAAGCCGAAUUUUUUCCAAUUUGCACAACAGAAAUCAACCAAUCUGGUGGCUCAGAGAAAAUGAUGUGCUCAGACUAGGAAAAUUAGCCAUGAUUAAUCAGUUGUAGGUUUUUUUAAACUCCCAUAUGAUCCUCAGUUGCUUCGCGAGUUACAACAAUUUUCUCCCACUAACUCCAGUCAUGUACAACUGGCUUAGGAAAUGGUGGGAUUUUCAGUGCCUUGUAAGUCGUGUAAGGCACGGUGGCUCAGAGUUUGGUGCGCUGAACCUCUGACAUAGUAGGCGUUACGUCCUUUGAUCCAGUUUCUUGAUCAUGUGCUCCGCGCGCCCGGCUGAGAGUAGCACUGGGGAGGACUGCCAUCGGUUGUAAUGGCUGACGUUUUCACAAAGUUAGCAGAAGUCAUUAUCAGAGUCAGGAUUUCUCCUUGUGGCCACCUACAAAAUGUUUAACUCCGUGACGAUGACUUCUGGUAAGAUUUACCAAACGUCAGUAACUACUACAGUCUUUCCCGGGACUCCCCUCACCUGGACGGUCAUACUACAUGAUCAAAUGUUAGUUCUAGCUAACUUCAAACCGCCUAUUGUUUAAAAUAGUUUUCUGAUGCCUUUUAACUUCAAACAAAUUGAGUGACCAAAAAAAAGUAUUUUAUUACAGAAAUAUGCAUUUUUUUUUACAACAUAGUGCCAUUCACAGUGAUAAGGAUUGGCGAAAAAAACUUAGUUCAUGAAAAAACUCUAGAUCGAUAUAAAGUUAAAAAAAUAUUUCAUUCAUUUAAAUAAUCGGCAAUAUAUGUGUUUGAUCAAGACAUAAUAAAUAUCUCUCAAUGAUAUACUUUAAAAUUUAUAUAUCUUUAUCAAUAAAUUAGAUAUGGAUAAAUUAUUAUACAAUAAAAACUUUGAAAACUGAGACAGAAAGAAGGGAAAAUUCCUACGUUAUGAUGCUGUCACAUUGUGACUACGUAUACAAACUUUGUGACAUAUAAAAGAUCGGUCAAUAUUAAUCACCGGGAGGGGAGGGGCGGGGAACUCUAGUUGUGUCUCGAUAAUAUGUACUUGAUCCCUCGAUAAGUCUCUGUAAUAUUCUCAUGAAUCUCCCCCCGCCCUCUUGACAGUUACCUGAUCCCCUACCAAGGCUAUGU